AUGGCGCCAUUACGGAUAGGCUUUGUGCCCGAGCACUUUUCCGCACCACUCGAGUUCGCCAAGAAGCACUACGGCCUCGAUUCACAGCUCCUUCCCUUCCCGUCCGGUACAGGGCACAUGGUCACCGCCCUACAGAACAACGAGAUCGACGUCGGUGUUGGGUUGACCGAAGGAUGGAUUGCCGCGAUAGGCAAGGCACAGGCAGUGAAGAAAGACGCUGGAUUCAGGAUCGUGGGCACAUAUGUUGAGACACCGCUUUGCUGGGCCAUCUCUAGCGGAACACGACGGGAAGACGUCAAGAGUAUUGAGGACUUGAGGGGCAAGAAGGUCGGCGUCAGCCGGAUAGGCAGUGGAAGUUACGUGAUGAGCUUCGUCCUGGCCGAUCAGCAGGGCUGGUUGCAGAAGGGCGAGACACCCUUCCCAGUCGAGGUGCUGAAUACGUUCUCGAACCUGAGGGAUGGUGUCAACGACAAGACGGCAGACUUCUUCAUGUGGGAGCACUUCACGUCGAAACGGUAUUAUGAUAGCGGCUCUAUCAAGCGUAUUGGAGAGAUCUACACGCCUUGGUCGAGUUGGAAGAUUGUUGCUGCCAACGCAUUGCUGAAUUCCCAGAACUGGAGCCAUGGGGCAAAUGCGGCUACGCAGCCUUUGAAGGAGGAACUGGAAGAUGCUCUGUUGAAGAUCAACAAGGGCGUGAAGCACUUUGAGGAGAAUCAAGACGAGGCAGUCAAGUAUAUCAGUACCGAGCUCGACUACUCAGAGGGGGAUGCGAGAGAGUGGCUCAAGACAGUGCAAUUUGCGGAGGACGUGCGAGGUGUCGACCCGAGUGUGGUUGAUAAGACGGUCAACAUCCUCCAGAAGGCCGGCGUUCUGGACGGAAAGGCUGAUUCUGCAACCAUGAUUGCACUCUCAAGAUAG